AUGAAGUUCGGGAAGAGCAUCUGCGUGCUGAACGUCGGGGGGACCCGCUACGCAUUCACCCGCGACGUGAUCCGGGAUUUCCCUCUUCGACGCGUCAGCCGUCUCCAUGCGUGCGCCACCGAGAAGGAAGUACUGGAGCUGUGCGAUGACUACGACCGCGAGCGCAACGAGUUUUUCUUUGACCGCCACGCGCAGGCGUUCGUCUUCAUCAUGCUCUACGUGCGCUCCGGAAAAUUGCGCUUCGUCCCCGGCGUGUGCGAACUGUCCUUCUACACCGAGAUGCUCUACUGGGGACUGGAGAGCGCGCAUUUGGACUCCUGCUGCCAGAAGCGCCUGGAUGACCGACUUUCUGAAAUCGGGCUGUCCGAGGUUGGGCUGUCGGGUGAUGGCGUUGAAAGGGAGGACACCCAGAGUCCGGGGCAGGGAGAACCGGUGGCGGUGAUACAGCUCACCCGGCGCGCGAAGUGGUUGGAGACGGCACGCAGGGCGUUCGAGGAGCCCAAUUCGUCCAUCGUGGCGCAGCUCUUGGCCACCGUGUCGGUCGUGUUCGUCAUCGUGUCCAUGGUCAUGCUGUGUGCCAGCACGUUGCCAGACUGGGACACUGCCAAAAGAAAUACCGUGGAGGAGCACAGGAUAGUGGAAGCCGUCUGCAUCGGCUGGUUCACCGCCGAGUGCAUCCUGCGCUUCUUAGUGGCCCGGGACAAGUGGGACUUCCUGCGGCGUCCGCUCAACAUCAUCGAUGUGGUGGCCAUCACGCCGUAUUACGUCACCAUGGCGAUGGCCCGCGCGGGUAUGCCGGGUGCCGGCUUGGGAGUUGCGGGCGUGUUCCUGCGCGUGCUCCGCAUGAUGAGAGUGUUCUGGUUGAUGAAACUAGCCCGCCACUUCCUGGGCCUGCAGACCCUGGGCCUGACAUUACGCCGCUGCUACCGGGAAAUGGUGAUGCUGAUGGUGUUUGUCUGCGUCGCCAUGGCGAUCUAUAGCGCCCUGGCGCAGCUGUUGGAACACGGAUUGGAUUUGGGCACGCGCAACCAGGACUAUGCUAGCAUCCCUGCUGCCGCUUGGUGGGUCAUCAUCUCCAUGACGACCGUGGGAUACGGGGAUGUAUACCCCAUUACCAUCGGGGGACGGGUUCUCGGUGGCAUGUGCGUGGUCAGCGGGAUCGUCCUGCUAGCGCUACCGAUCACGUUUAUCUACCACAGUUUUGUACAGUGCUACCAUGAACUCAGACUGCGAUCAGCCAGGUAUGCCCGUAGUCUCUCAACGGAAAUGCUGCAAUGA